AUGGGCUUGUAUGGUGUCUGCAAGGCAUCAGCAAGGGUAUCUGUAGCAGACGUAAGCGCCGAGACGCCUGUAGAAACAGUAGAGACCUCUUUCUCUAAAGCGUCAACGGCUUCCACCUCGGCAAGGAGAGCUUCCUUUCGGCGGAUCACCUCUUGUCGGACGUUUGCGGUGAGCAGAGAAGACGCGCGGCGGGCAUCUUCUAGUGCGGAUGAUAUCCGCUCUUCGCGUACCGCAAGGCCGACGUGUUCUUCUGGAGAGAAUUUGGGAUCAAGAAAAACUCGCAGCGAUGCAUCGGCGCGCAACGAACCGACCAGUCCGGAUAAACCCGACGUAGGUGACUGGGGUGGUGUCGCAUUUGGAAGAAGAGGCCCCACCAUGGAUCCUACCCUCGCAAGGAUGUGGGCGCGGUUGUGGAAGAGGGGAAACCCCUACGGACGGGAUCCGCGGGAGGAAGGCCGGGUGAUGUGUGCGCAGUGA